CCACAGGACUACCAUGUUUUAGAGGAGGAGGUAAAGCCAAAAUGGCGGUCGAACCAAAGCGUGCGAGGCCUUUGGAUUAUGACACAAAAUCUAAGGCCCAACACCUGCUAGCGGCCUACUCAAGUACCGUAUUCGCUUGCGAUCUCUCCGGUGAUUCGCGAUACAUAAAAUGCGAUUUCCCUCAGUGCUCGGAGCACGGGGGGCGAGGCAAGAUAAACCAUCCUGGAUACUGAACACACUAAAAAAUGUCAAGACACUUGAGGCCCAUGUGGGACAUGAGGUUGAUAAGUACAUGCAGACACAAUCUGUGCCUAGUGAUACGACAGCAGAAAGUAAACACAUGCAAGAGAGCAUUGAGAUGCUGGAGACUGGGUCCUUACCUAGGGGUACCAAGAAGGUGUUGGCAGUGUUUAAUAUCAAGGAUUCUCAGUCACAGCUUGGGGAGUGGAUCUCUCUUUUUCUAAAAGCUGCACAUACAAUGGAGCAAGGACAAAAGGUCUGUGACUUUGUCGUGAUCACUCAAAGCUUUGUAAGCCGUAAGGCAUUGAUGGAGUGCAUCGCCAGAUUAGGAUUUCUCAAGGAAUACUCACCACAAGUGGAAGUAAUAUGUGUACUUAGCAGCCACUCCAGCUCUCAAGGUCAAGUAUUUUCCUGCACACCAACAGCUGUUAGUCACUCUUCAGGCUUUGAAGAGUUUUGCUCUCUUCAUGAUCUCGCCAUGGCAUGCCAAGACAUCCUCGGCAACUCACUUGUUGGUCUACACAUCUCCUCUUGUUUUACACUAAAGAUGGAUUGUUCACAUGCAGAAUGGCCUGUUGCUGCAUCUUGGUUGAAGACUAAGUUGAGGUGCGUAUUAUCAGGAAGCUGUAAAGAAGUCUAUGAGACAGGAUCCCAAGUGUGUGACCUCUACCUCUUGCUGGCAGCCAUGAUGCCAUCUGUUACUGUUGGUUCCUGUGGAUGGCAGUUGAAGGAAGCGGUGGGUCAGGCAUGUGCGGAAGAGUACCCAGACCUUGCCCGUGAAAUGGGACUGCAACUGAUGGAUCCAGAGCAAAUUAAUUUGGACUCAUUGAUGGUCCAAGGAACAGAGGAUCAGGUGACACCCCCAGGUCUUGUUGUUUCUGCCGUCCAUAUUGUCUUCCUGGUGUCUGAAGGCCAUGCUAUCCCUCAAGCCAUCGCCAAUGCCUUAGAAGCAAACCUGAGCAUCAGAAAAGCCUCUGACAUCCAAUUCAACUAUACAACCCUGCCAAUCGCGAUAGACCGCACAUCCUCACUUAAGAGUAAAUUCAAUAUUCAUGAGAAACUGGAUGGACUUUGCACUGACGGUAGCACCAAGUUUUUCUUUGUUGCUCUUGGUGCGGUUCUAGCAAACCCUAGCACAGGACUGGUGGAUGUCUUCCGUGAAUGGAGCUUCAGUAGAGGCGGAAAUAAGUUAUAUGGGGUGCAUUUUCAGGAUAUAAACUCUCUUCAAGCUUACUACCUGAAAACUAAACUAACGCAGGAGUCAGCAUUUCGUGAGUAUCGUGACGAAGAAGAUCAGAGAAUCGAACUGGAGCAUGUGGCAGCUACAGGAAUUGUAGGCAAUGGGGACAUUAAGCCUCAUUAUGCACUACCAGUGCUGCUAUAUCUCAUUCACUUGGCGAUUGGUGAGAAUGGAAAUAGGCUUUCUGGAAAGGGGAUUCCUUCAGCUGUCUACUCCAAGAAACCAGUUGGUCUUGGUAACUCUACUUGGACCUUAGAAGAGGUGUACAUGGAGACAAGCUAUGUGCUAUCUGGUCUUUCUAGAAAGUCUUCCUUGCAGCUACUAUCAUCCCCAGCUGAGCAGGAACCACUGACUAAGACAGUGAGAAACAAACCAGGAGCCAAGGAUGAUAGUGCCCCGAAAGAUAAUUCCUGUAAUAAACCUGAUGGUAGUACAGGUGAUUACCAGCCUUGGGUCAACCCAGGUAGCAAGCCUAGAAAUUGUACUAACUCUCCAGGUAGUAAACCAGGAAAUAGAACAGGGUCUUCGGGUAGUAGACCAGGAAACGGUAGUGGCCCUUUGGGUAAAAGACCAGGAAACGGUAGUGGCCCUUUGGGUAAAAUACCAAGAAAAUGUGCUGGCCCAUCAGUUUGCCAAACAGCGAGUAGUUCUGACGUUGCGAAUAACAGACCAGAAUAUAUCUCUAGAAGUAGCACCCCUACAAAAUCUGAAACAAACAUUGGAAAGAAAAGCGAAAAAAUUUCCACAAAAACUGAAAGUAACAAGUCGAUAUUGGAAAAGAUUUCUUUGAAUAGGCUGGAUUUGUUGACGUUUUCUUCUAGAACAGUUAAUCACCCAUCAGGAAGUGGAAACACCAGAAGAAGUGAAAGAAACAGACAUGUUCUUAGCUACGACCCUUCCAUGUUCUGUUCAACACAGGAAGAGUUCUUGUUCAACCAGCAGAUGUUCAUGGACGACUCUAACUCGACGGACCGUCCCCCGUCAGGCGUUCUUGGUCGCUUAACUCGCACAGCCCAGGGAUCAGAAUUUGCAACUUAUUCUGCUAUUGGAGAGAGCAGCAAUUCUUCUUCAAACUACGCUAGUUUGGCUUCUAGGAUUAUGCAUGGAGACGAUGUUCCUGGGCAAGACAAUGACGGGUCUGUCUCGACAAUCCACAAGUUACAUAAAAUUGAAGCUGAAGACGAUGGAGUGGUAUGGAUAGAUAAGUCCCAGCAUGUCAUAAGGUCUGAUUCGUCUCGAGACCACAACGGUACGUCUCAGUUUUCUAGAGAGAUAACACCAGAGGAAAGAGAACCAACGGUAGACACAUUGUCAAUAAGUGACCUUAUUAAAGAUGCUCUCCCUGUUAUUAAUAAAUCCGGUGAAAGUCCUCUGUCUGUUUCGAAUAAAACGGCAGGCGAAGUGUCGGCGAUGGAAGUCAUAUCAGUCACAGAAUCUUCAAGAAACUUGUCUGCGCCUCAACCGCCAGCGUCACGAAAACGAAACACCCAAAUGUCUCAGAAGUCAGUUUCAAAGAAGAAGAAGAAUAGUGGCAAAAAUGGAGGCAAGUCAUUAGAAGAUAGUGAUGAGGAGAUAGACAUUUGCUCAGAAUGGGACUCGACAUCUAAAGGAUGUCAAGCUAACUUCCCUCCAGUCAAUCGCAGUACUAUGGUAAGGUUGGCAUCCAGUGAGGAGAAACAAGACGGACAGAAUACAUCUACUCCUGAGGGUACAAGUUUAAAUUCAAAGCAAACAAAACCAAGAAAAGAGGUUUGCAUUUCUCCAAAGUCCAAAGAACUUAGUUCGACAACUUUAAUCACGAAAAAUCAACACAAGAAAAAAGAAAGCUCUGAGUCUCUUACGUUGCCACUAGGGGCAAGGAAAACUCCAUUCAGCAACCAGUUCGUCAAACACCGUCCCGAAGAGUCCAAACAAAGAAUUCGAAGCCCUAACAAUUUAGACGACAGUGGCAUUCAAGUUGAAUCCCCGGGAAAACGGACCCCUUUCGAGGGCACUAAGGUUUCCACAAAGGCCAGUACCUCGAAAACGAUUUCAGGGGGAAGCGUUAAAGUGUCUGAACCAUCAAAUGUUCUCCCACCGAAAGGAAGUACUACUGGUAGUUCAGGGGGAAGCACACCAAGUGUAUGGGAUGAGAGUGAAGAUCUGCCGUUGAUGGCAAACGUGGAUGAGGUACUCGUGAAGCACUAUAUCCUGGACUUAACUGUAGACUUUGACGAGAAAGUGUUGCGAGGAAGUAUUGUCCUUUUCCUUGAGCCUACUCAUGAGAAAGCCACACAGAACACUUUCCAAUUAUGCCUGGACAGCACCCUGGUUAAUGUGGAAUCGGUAAGCGAGGUCUUUUUGCCUGACGACUUUAAGAUUCCAUUUUACUGUAAAAAUAGUUCUAAGAAGUCGUCAUCAGUUGCUACUGUUGAUCAGGACGACGAUGUCUUUAUUGAAUGUGUUACACAGAGAAAGAAAAUACCUGAAGCUGUAAUUGACCUCACCAGCGACGGAGAUCCACAAACCCUAGACACAGCUGGUGAAGUGUCGGAUCCGAACAAACCUGCUAUGUCAUUGUUUGAAAAACUGAAGAAGAUAUAUAAUGCCAGCGCAUUGAAGAAUGAAACAACAAAAGCAAACUGCCAGAGCGACCACGUCGUGUCUUCAACAGGGCAGCACACUGGAAGUAGUAGCACUGCCGUUUCAAAGGAAAUGGUUUCCUCCAUUCCAUCACCGAAAGCAAAUGUGGUGGUCAACUACAAACUCCCUUCAUCAGUCGAUGUUGAUGGUAAAAGGUCUUCUUCGCCUGACGUGUCCUCUUCUGUUGGCGAACACUCUGAGUCAAACCCCGUCGACACCUCCACCUCUGUAUUUGAUAGGAUAUCUACCAAAGAAAAUGUAGCGUCCCACGUGUCUAGACCCUUGGGAGGCAGUACUAGUCCUUCACCUUUUACCAACAAAAGAACUUCUCCAGGUCUCAACGAAAGCCCAAUGAAAAAGGCCGAGCUCUGCCGUCGACGUGGACUCCUGGAUUUCCUGGAUAGCCACACACAUGGUCCUCUGCCGUACAAGGGGCUGGCGUAUUCGGUGUACGGCUGGUGCAUCAGGGUUUGGAAGGAAGGGGCUAAAGGCAAGGCGUGGCCACGGUGUGUGGUGAUCAAAUAUCACACAAGUCCAGAGGGACAAUCUCUCAGUUGGGCCACGGAUCAAGAUGGAAGGCCAUGCGUCUUCUCUCCCGGUGCGUACAUAAACAACCGCUCCCUGAUGCCUUGCCAGGAACCCCCCAUUGCCAUGUCAACCUGGCAAGCUGCCAUUCACGUGCCUCAUGGUUGCAUGGCUUUGAUGAGCGGGAACCCGGUCACCAUGGAAACAACAGCCACCGACACUGACAAAGUAACCUUUUUGUUCGAGAUGGACGUCCCUCUACCCUGCUCCACCCUAGCAAUGGCGGUGGGUUACUUUGAGAGCAUGGAGGGCCGUAGCGCCAUAUGCCCAACUAAGGAUGGUCCAGCGGAGCCUGUGGAGUGCCGCAUGAUCGCGGUGCCAAGCAUCAUCGACAGGGCCUCGGACGAGCUGCUAUCUUACGUGCCUGGGUUUAUUGAGGCCUCUUGCGAGCUCCUGGGCCCUUAUCCGUUUUCAAGACUUGACCUUUUGAUAUUACCGAAGUGCUUUGCUUGUAUGGGACUUAAGAACCCAAACUUGGUCUUCCUGUCCCAGUCUGUGCUUGCCGGUGACGGUAGCAUCCGGGUUCGUGUCGCGCACGAGAUUUCUCACGCCUGGUUUGGGCUGUUGAUAGGCGCGAAGGACUGGACUGAAGAGUGGUUAUCUGAAGGCUUUUCUACGUAUAUCGAGGAACGGAUCCAAGCACGAGCGGAGAAGUGGUCGAGUGAGACAGACAACUCACUGAGAGAAUUACGUCAGUUGUUGCGGUACCGUGCCCUGUCGGCAGAGAUGGACGAGACGGACGAGAAUCUACAGUGUCUCAGAAUCAAGACCUCGAAAUCUUCCUCGGCUGUUUCAGCAGCAGAGGCCAUCAAGCGAGCGUCGCUGAGUCCUAAUGAAGAAGCCAAGCCUUUCACGGUGGUCAAAAAUGGUCAGAUCUGCUCCAAGAAGUGGACCCAGGUUCAUUACCUAAAGGGAUACUUCCUGCUGCACCACAUGGCAGCGAUGGUGGGUUUGGAAAACUUUGAGCGCUUCCUUUAUGAAUAUGUCCAGCACUAUCAGGGCCAGCUUGUCACAUCAGAGGAUUUCUUCCAGUAUUUUGUCUGCAAGUUCCCCAACGUCUCACAGUCUGUGAAAGAUGAGUUUUUCCUUGAGUGGCUCGAGUCCCCUGGGUUGCCAAAGUGCCUGCGUAGUAAAAAGUUUAACGUGAAGGAAAAUGCCCUGAUCGCAGCAGCGCUGAAGCAAUUCGAAUUCUGGCGUAAACAGGACAACAUCAACAAGCGGAACAAAACGAUGAAUAUUAAGCGCCGUAAGCAGCCAGAAGCCGAGCCGCUGGAACACUCUGAACAGAUUGUGUUGAUGUUGGAGAAACUGGUAGAGCGAGAUGCCUUGAUGCACACGACGCUACGACAGCUCAACAGAUGCUACAACUUCAGCACAAGGAAUUGCGAGAUUCGCCACAGAUGGUGUGAGCUGGUUGUGAAAAACAAGUUCACGCCUUUCCUAGAUGAUGUUAAGCACUUUCUCAUCGAAGACCAGGGUAUGGGGAUCUACCUGUUUGGGGAACUGAUCAUCUCUGGUCAAGCAAGGCAGCGUGCGAUGGCCGAGGAGGUCUUUGAGCAGAUUGGCGCAGAGAUGGAUCGCUGUACCUAUCAGACGGUGUCCGAUAUGAUACGAGGAAACAGCUCCUCGGACUCGUAGCACAUCGGUAAUCCAAAGGUCGCGAGAACCUUGUCCAGCUGUGAUUUGAUCAAAAUUGUCUGUACAGGCUACAAGUGUCACGAAGGCUAUUGAUCUAAAUGCAGCCCAUUAAUUGCUCGCAAAAACUCGAAAAAUCGUCUGUUUUGCUUUGGUCAGCGACAACAGCUACGCUCAUUUCUCACAAUAACGGGGCGUAAUAAUCCACAAUUGCAAAAGAUCGUACUCGCUGGGCUACCUUUCAUUUUUUGUAUUUCAGUUUCGCCGGGGAUUUAUUGUUUGUCCGUAAUGCCGUAUUUCCGUGAUCGCGGUGUGUCCGGAAGGUGAAGAAGAUGACUCUGUGCUUGUUUCGAUUUGGGUUUAGUAUAACCAAGGAUUCGAUCCUGAUUUUGUAGAAACUGAUAUUUGUUCGUGGUAAGAGUUUGUUGUAUUUUCGACUCAUAGGAACUGAGAUUUGUGACGGAUUCAGAUUAUUUAAAAGGGUGUUUCACAAGCCAUCAAAUGUCUGAAAGACGAUUCAAAUAUCUGAAUUAUAAUUCUAUUGAACCUACCAGAAACACCGCCAAUGAGAUUAAAAUGUCGUCUUUACUCAA